AUGCUUCGACGUCGACCGGCAGGUGAGAGAGACUGGUCUGGAUGGUCACCCAUGGAGGCUCAAGCCUGGAAACCGGGUGGAUGUCUAACGACUCCCUCGGGAGCUUUGACGAGAAACUGGGAGAGUCGAAAGGCAUUCGUCUUGGCACCGUGGCAAGCACCGCCAAAUGUGACGAUCGAGGACCGGGACGCUGCUGUGCAACGUCAUAACCAGAUACUUGGGAAAGCCCCAGAAGAGAAACCCCUGAUUAUGUAUACUGACGGAAGCGGCAUCGAGAGUAAAGUAGGAGCAGCAGCAGUAGAUGAGACGGGAAAGCACAUCGCUCUAAGCCAAAUGGGUGAUGACGACUCGUCAACCGUGUACUCUGCGCUCAGACGCGCAAAAAACGGCUUGACCAUAUUCGCGGAUAGCCAAGCGGCACUGAAAGCGCUCCGACGACCGCGCAUGCCCUCUGGCCAGGUUUACCUGGUUGGAUGCCUGGACCUUAUCCGCCAAUUGGCGAACAAGGGCAUUCGAACGGAACUCAGAUGGAUUCCAGCUCACCAAGGUGUGGCAGGCAACGAGAUCGUGGACACACACGCGAAAGAAGCUGCACAGAGGCUCGAAGAACCGCGGAACUCGCUCAAUCGGUCCAUCUGCCUCGCGGCUGCAGCCAAACGGCGGCUGCACCGAGAGGCGAAAAUCGAGUGGGAGAGGGCAUGGGCGCUAGAAAAGAUCAGUCGGCCGACCAGGCGACUGAUCGAAGUACCCACAAAGAAGACACUCCAAUAUUGGUUUGGGCUUCGCAAAGCAACUACCUCAAUCCUGAUACAGCUGCGCACAGGACGAAUCGGACUAAGCGCCUAUCUCGCUCGCAUCAACCGACGAGAGUCGGCACGAUGCGACUGCGAAUUGGGCAACCAGACAGUGACUCACGUCCUGCUGGAGUGCCCGCUCCACCGAGCGGAGCGGGACUGGAUGCGGCGCGCCCUGUCGGGGCAAGGGAUCGUCAUUCGUCGAGACGAAUUUCUGACACGCCCCGAAGCGCGCACUACCGUUGCCGACUUUAUGGUCAAAACAGGGGUUCUGAACCAGUUCCAAGCAGUGGAUCCAACUGCUCUCGGUGUAGAAGAAGUAGAGAGAGAAUGA